AUGGCAUCCAACGGAAGCGCUCACCCUCCUGUCGGCCAGGAGAACAUCAACACCGACAUCGUCACGCUCUCCCGCUUCUUCACGGAAGAGCAGAUCAAAUACCCCGAUGCCUCGGGAGACUUCACCCUCCUCUGCCACGCCCUCCAGUUCUCCUUCAAGUCCAUCGCCUACUACAUCCGUCGCGCCUCCCUAAUCAACCUCACCGGUCUGGCCGGCUCCUCCAACACCACCGGCGACGACCAGAAGAAGCUCGACGUGAUCGGCAAUGACAUCUUCAUCUCCGCCAUGCGCGGCUCCGGCAAAUGCCGCAUCCUCGUCUCCGAGGAAGAAGAAAACGUGAUCAAGUUCGAUGAGCACCCCAACGCCCGCUACGCUGUCGUCUGCGACCCCAUCGACGGCUCCUCCAAUCUGGAUGCCGGUGUCUCCGUCGGCACCAUCUUCGGUAUCUUCCAACUGCCCGACGAAGUCCUGGGCGAGGGCAAGUCCGUCGGCCCCGAGCAUCUCUUGCACCCGGGUACUUCCCUCGUCGCCUCCGGUUUCACAAUGUACGGCGCCUCCGCGCAAUUGGUCAUCACCAUGCGCGGCGGUGGCGUCAACGGCUUCACCCUCGAGAACUCGCUGGGCGAGUUCAUCCUCACCCACCCGAACAUGAAGCUCCCCGAGACCCGCGCCAUCUACUCCGUCAACGAGGGUAACAGCAUGUACUGGGAUGACUGGUGCAACGCCUACUUCCACAGCCUCAAGUACCCCGGCGAGGGCAAGAAGCCCUACAGCGCGCGUUACAUCGGUUCCAUGGUCGCAGACGCCUACCGUACCCUGCUGUACGGUGGUAUCUUCGCUUACCCCGCCGACAAGAAGAGCCCCAAGGGUAAGCUGCGUAUCUUGUACGAGUGUGCGCCCAUGGCUAUGGUGUUCGAGAACGCUGGCGGUCUCGCUGUCAACUCGCGCAUGGAGCGGUUGAUGGAGGUUCGUCCCGAGCACAUCCAUGACCGUAGUGGUGUCUUCCUCGGCUCCAAGGGUGAGGUCCAGAAGGUCAUUGACAUGUAUAACAAGCACCAGAAAUAA